CAAUAAUAAUGUGUAUUAUUAUGAAAGGGGGGCCCCCAAAUGGAAGACGUCCCCUCCUCAACAGUGUAACUUUUUGGACAAUUUUGUUAACAGAGUUACUUUGCACAUUGAGAUGGUGAAGCUGUACAUGAAGCAGAAGGACACAACUCCGUUUUUAUGUCUCUUGAUGAAUGACCUUUCUUUGGAAAAAGGUGGAACAUCCAAUUUGGUUCGCUCAAGGGUAGAACGUUUUUACUUGUUCUUUACAUCAUCAAAUGCCAAAUUAAAAAUUCAAAUUGAUUGUAAAAAAUUAUUUAUGAAUUUAAAUUCUGUAUGGCCUUUGAUUUAUUUUAAUUUUGUGAAGAAUUUUUUUGACCUCGUCCAGGUGGGAAAAAAAACGAAUAGGUCUGCCAAGUUGUGCAGAAGGGGAGGCCAAAAUACGCAUUGCAAAAGGGGGGAAACACUUAACCGGAGUGAAGGCAACAGAGGGGAGACGUACCCACAUAAUGCCAACAGCUCGGAUGAGAGAAAAAAGGGAAAAUGGAAAAUGGAGGAUGAAAAGGAAAGAAGCGCAGAUAAGAAGAAGAGCUUUAUCCUUCACGUAUGUGCAAAUGAUGUAUAUUUCCAAUUUCGUAACAAGGGCAAUUUAGUACUGUUAGAUUUGGACCCCUUAGAUGAAGAUUUUGUAAAAACGUUUGUAUUAAUUUCCAACAGGUUGAAUCUCCACUUAGAGAAGCGUUCAUUCCAUUUUUCUUUGCAAAACGUGCGAGUUUUUAACUCGAGUGGAAGACUUACCUGCCUCGUUCAUAAUUUCACCAUUUGCAAAAUGAACAGGGAAUAUUUUUUUGAAGUAAAAAGUGCUUUCUUUUAUUUUCCCCUGAUGGAAUUACUAACCGUGGGUGUAGUUAAUUUUGUUUUGGAGUGUCUGAGACAGGCAAGGCAUUCACCAUUGUUGCAGAUCACCCUGCAUGGCCGUGACUUCACCCUCACCUGUGAUUAUCUAAACGUGUGUAAUGAAAAAAAAGGGAGUAGUUUGACUUUUAUUCGGCUAGACAGCCCCACUGUGUGUUCAACGUUUGAUGAUAAUUUUUUGGACGUAUUAAACGACGUGCAUAGGACGGUACGUUUUAUUUCCAUUUUGGUAAAGAAAACGAAAGGAGUAGGUCAUUCCGUAGGGGAGGACCUCGGAUCUGCUGCUGGCCCUGAAGGAAAGGUUGAAGCCCAAGCGAACAGAAAAAUUCACCUCAAAAUAGUGCACCUCAGAGUUGUCGAGAUGGUCAAGGGGGAGGGAAAAAAAGCAAAGAGAUGCAUGAGUGAUAUCACCAUGUGUAAAAAGAGAAUGAGGAAAGAAAAACAUAUUGGGAGUAACAAAGGGGAGGAGAAAAAACGUUUGAGGAUGUUCCUCUCUCGAAGGCAUACCCAUUUUGGGGAGAGCAUCAACUUGGGGUCCCAAAAGAAUGCAACGCUGUUUAGAAGCAAGCGCCCGUGGAGGAGGAGUGGAAUGUCCCGUUUGGGGAAAAAGGAAAAUGGCCUAUUAUUCGUAAAGGGGAAAAGACUAAUUGGUAAUUCAACCCUAUUAGAGGUUCCUAAUUGGUGCCAUUUCCAUUUUGGAGAUAGCUAUAAAAAGGAUCCACCCACCUGUAGGGUUUACCCAAUGGAGGAGUCAGUUGUGUGGGAAAGAAGCUCACCCGGAGACUCUCCUUCAUGCUGCCAUGACUGUGCAGCAAAUCGGUCAACGGAAAAAAGAAAUGACAAGGAUAUAAUAGGUUCUAUAAAAAUGAAGAGGAAUAAAAAGGUGUACUUUAGAAGGAAAAAAAGAAACCACGGAGGAGACAUCAACAGGGGUAAAUUUACCCCGAAGCAGAAGCGAAUAAAAUGCCCAAGGAGGGGAAAACCCUUUUCUAAUCUGACACAUUCACCUCGUAGGUACCGUUGCACUCAUCUAUGUUGGUGCAGUCAAAGAAAAAAAUCUCUAACAGGAGAAGAAGCGAGCCGUAUUUUUACACAGAAAAAACGGCUGGUGCAGGGACUGUUACUGAUUGAUGGGGUUGAUAUGCACAAGGAGGUCGAUAUGGGGAUGGUACAGCUGGAUAAGACUUACUUCUUCCUUUUUAAAAAAAACAUUUCUGAGUUGAAAUUACUCCAUUUUUUGCGUACCUUAGAAUUUAUUAGGGUUCAAAAGGAGGACCAGUUUUUUACUCUCAAUUAUUUGAUGCCCCACGUUUGUGAAGAAAUAGCUUUUUGUUUUUUCACAGCUCGGAUUCAUCUGCUUAGAGAAACACAAACUGCAUGCAUUUGGUUGUCUCUAAGUAGGUCAAAGAUAAUUUUUCCAGGUGUAAAUUCGUACAUUGCCGUGUCGUAUAUGUUGAGGAGGAUGAGCUACUACAGGGAGAAACACACACAUGUGACGUGGCUUGAAAAAAGGGACAAUCACAGAGAGGGAAAUAUUGAUGGGGUAGGAAAGGCUUCUAAUACAUCUGUCUGUAGCACUAGUCGUUUUAGCAUUGUGAUUAAUUCCACGUUUGUAGAACUUCAUUUUUUUUUCGAGUAUGUGUGUACCUUCACUCUGUCGUGUAGGAGUUUAUCCAUCUCGACACAACAAAGGGGAGAAGGAGGGAGACAUCCUUUUGCAAACGUAACCGCUCGUAAUUUUUUACUGUCCUAUGGAUUUUUCUCAAAUGGAAAAGUAGCUAAUUCUCAUUUUGCACAAAAAGAAAACGCAUACGUAUGCAUGCGGAUUUUUAGAAGAUUGAAAUUGAGGGAGAGGAUUCUACGUUUAUCCAUAGGAGAAACAAACCGAGUGAAGGAGCUCAUGUACGUAGCUUAUGCACAUGGGAAGGCCUUUACUCGAGGUGGCAGUGAUAAGGGAGAUGCGGCAGAAUAUCAAACAGAACCAGCAUGCUGUAUGUCCAACGGAAGAUGCCUCAUUUUGAACAUAACACUGGUAGGGAGAACGGAAGAAGAAAGAAUGACAAACUGCAAUAUGUUACCACAUCAAUUUUUGUUCCUCCUUAAUACGAUGAGAAAGGCUAACUCUUAUGUUGACGCUCUCUUUAGUGGGCUCCACAAUUUAUUCAAAAGUUCUUCGGAGGAAUGGCGUAACGUGAAGAGAGUACCUGCAGAGAAGAACCGAAUGAACGUUAAAAUCAAUUUGGAGGCAACAAACCUCCAUCUGAAAUUUUACUUUUUGAGAUUAUUUCUAAAAAGGAUAACUAUGAGCAGUUACGAAGGGGGAGGAUUGAUCCAUGAUGCGUAUGGGAAAAAAAGUGGAGACCCGAGUAGCAGUUCUUCCAAGACGGAGGACGAAACGAUCUAUUCCUUUUCAUUUGACAAUUUGAUUCUCUGCUUCGAAGACGUAGUCAACAGUUCGUUUAGCAAAAGUGGAGAAAGUUCCAUUUUUAUGAAUGACGUUCGUAAUUUCCCCCCCUCGAUUUUCUUCCAUUUGUUUGGACACAUGCCGCCGUUGUACUGCCCCAUCGUAAGCAACGUACUUCGAUACUUGGAAGUUCGCAAAAUGGAAGUCCUCAUAAAACGGAAGGAGCGAACUUUUGUCUCCAUUGACAGUAUGACCAUGUACAUAAAUGACCAAACGAUAGAGAGGUUGAAAUUUGUUUUUGAAAAAGGAAGGAAAGCUUUAAAUGUGUUAAGGGCGUAUUGGGGAGGACCCUUGGGGAGAGGCCAGAAUUCUUUGCAAUGCAAACGGGAGAGGGAAUACAUCCUUUACUUGAAAAAUUUUGAAAUAAAUUUUCACAAAAUGGUGGAAGUUAAAAAUAGAAAGAGUAGGAAUCGUAAUGGUGGGAAAAUGGAAAAAAAAAAAAAUUUUCUCCUCGAAGAUAGUUUUAUCUGUCCUAAUGAGAAGGUCCAGGGGAAGGAUCCCAACCGGGAUGGCAACCACACAGGAGUUAAUCAUGUUGAGGAGGGAAAGAAAAAACUUUCCAAUUAUUUGUUUGAAAGGAAAAUUACAUUUUUGAAGAGGAGAGGGGAGGAGGCGGCAAAGUGCGCCAAGAAAGACAGAGCGAAAUGUCACACGGAUUUCUGCACAGAUGGUGUUUCUCCAGCCGAACAAGGGGAAGCACGCCCCACUCAGCGAAAGGACCCUCUCCUCAACGUACACAAGAAAAUGUUGCGAAGAUUGAGAAGUGAUCCAAAUGGGAAAACUUCCACCAAACAGUGCUACUAUAACUCCAUGAUUCACCCCUUUUACUUUUUACCUGACCAAAGUGCACCCCCCUGUUCGUAUACAGAAAGGUAUGAACACGUCUGUAAAAAUGUUCCUUUCAAUUAUGUCGAGUGCGAAGAUCAGCUUCUGCUUUUCCUUCACAAAACAAUUAUUAAAUAUAUGAACAGUUCAGGUGAACAGAACGUUUCCUUUUUUCUAAAAAAUCUGUCUUCCUACUACAUCAGUUCGUAUCAUUUAUUUAGUAUAAAUAAACACCGUGGCAGGCAGGGGGGGGGAGGAAGCAAUCGAGGACAUACAAUGCAUGACACUGUAAGGGAAAAUAUGAUAUGUGCAGGAGAAAAUAAUUUAAGCAACGAAUUAAUGAUUGCCAAUCUGCACGAAAAGGAGACAUACGAAAGGUUGGAGAGGAAAAAGAAAAGAAAAAAAAAUAAAUGCACCCACUUGGAAGAGAUAAAAACAAAUGGGGAGGAAAAAAAAAGAAAAAAACUGCUUCUUUAUAAUAAUGAGAGUUUACCCCCAUUGGGAGGAAAAGCAGAUGGCGCACAAGGCAAUGAGCAGGAGUUAUCCCCUGCACGGAACGAAGAACAUUUUUACUUUAACAAGUCAGGUACGAAAGUGGAAAGGAGUAACCAGCCCACAUUCGAAUUUGCCAGUAACUCCCACAGCAAUGACGAAAGUGUGAACGGAAAAUGGAAAAGCGCGUCACAUAAUAAUGUGCACAAAGUGAACGAAUUAAGGAAAAAAAUGAAGCUAUUUUUUUGUCUACCCAAUAAGAAAGAAACGUUGUCCCCCUUUCUGCGCGCAAAGGAGUUUAAUGUUGUCAUGCGGAGCCAUCGAGGGGGGAAGCAACACACCGCUAGCAGUAUCGGUAGGAGUAGCAGCGAAGGGCACGAAACAAAUUCGCAGGGAAAUGAAGUGGGGGAGGUAUCCAUAUACCUCGACUACAUCAUCUUGUUAUUUAACAAAAGAGUGGUGGAUUAUUUUUUUUACCUUAGCAGCAAGGUGGUUAAAUAUUACGAGGGAAAGAGGGGAGAC